AUGAGCAGCCGCUUGUCGGCUGGUGGGGAGCGCUGGGCGCUGCCAGUGCUACACACAGGGCUGCUGACCCUUCCUUCGGUGUUGUUCAUUUACUUCACAUGUAUAUCUACUGUCCAGACUACUGACUGUCUUCACUUGAAGGAGCAAUGUGUUAAUGCUGGAAACGGAUGUGAGAGUGUCUGGAAUGUGGUUGAAGAUGCCUGCAAUAUUUCAGUUCUAGGUAAUAGAUGCAAGGCAGAAGACACUGUUGGAUGUAAUAGAAUAAUCCAGGUCCUGGCUGACAAAUACCCAGAAUUUAGAAAGUGUGUCUGCACUACAGACCAUAUCUGUAGCAUCACAGCUUUGCUUGGGAAACUGUGCACCAUUAAUACAGACUAUUUGGAGUCUCCCUCGAGGCCAGACACCGGACUGGGUAUCAGGCCGCCCGGGCAGCCCGAGGAGCUGCGGAGCUGCAGCGUGGCGAGGCGGCGCUGCCGGGAGCAGCCUCGCUGUUCUGCCGCUCACAGGAGCUUCCAGCGCGCCUGCCAGGCACCUGCGGGCACCUGCCGCUCCCCCGGGCCUGGGAAGUGCCUGCUAGCCUGGAAAGAACUGAGGAAAACAGUUCUGGGAACGUGCACGUGCUCGGAGCCGCUCCAGACGAGAUGCAUUAAAAUCUGGAAGGGAAUAUUUAACAACCCCUGUUUGCAGUACUCGCAGGAGAGCCAAGCCUCAGGAGCUGGUGAACAUGAUGGCAGUGAUGAUGACUACAAUGCUCAUGUUGAUGACAAUAUUAGUAUGGAAACAAAAUUACAAUGGGGUUUAUCUGCUCUCUCCAAACAAGCGCACACAACAAACAGGAGCUGUUUGGAUGUGAACAGGGAGUGUGUUGAAGAUGAAGUGUGUAACAAACAGCUGUCCCUGUACCUAAAAGUUUGCUCAGUAAAUAAGGAGUGCAACAUGGAAGGAUGUCAAGCAGCCAUCAGGUUCUUCUAUCGAAACAUGCCUUUUGAAGUGGCCCAAAUGAUGAUAUUUUGUGACUGCAUCCAGCACGAUGAAUCCUGCCACAGAGCCAAGGAACUUCUCCAUGGCCAGCCCUGUGCAGUUACUGUAGUUCCACCCCCAUCAUGUCUGAAUAUAAUCCAGAUCUGUGAAGAGAAUGAAUUGUGCAGGAAAAAAUACACAACUUAUCGGUCAAAGUGUUGGCGACAUGUGACAAAAAAAUGUUAUAAUGAUGAAGCUUGUCUUGAAACUUUGCUCAAGGAUGACGUGCCCUGUUCUGCCACCGCUGAUUGCAAAGCAGCCUAUGUCAGCAGCUGGGGCACGAUGCUGCACACGCAGUGCACCUGCCAAAAUUUGCCUCCCUUGGAGCAGCCUUUGUGUGAGCUCUUCCACCACAUGCUGCACAGCAAAUCCUGCUUCAGUGAUUUACGUCAAAUUUCUAUUCAGAAGAAGGGUUUUCACUGGGUUAAUACGGAAAUACCAGGGGAAAAGAUUUCUGGAGCACAGCUCCAUUCUUCUGCAAUUAAUGGUGAAACUGUCUACAUUAUUGCUUACUCCUCCUGCAUAGCUCUCAUCCUAGGAAUAGUCCUGUUGACUCUCCUAAAGAUCAGAGCCUGCAGAACAAAAUAUGAGCCAAGAAGUCCCUCACCAGACCAUUCUUCUGAAACAUUUAUGGCCCAUUAUAAAAGUCACAGAUGAACUACUCUGCUGCUUGUGCUUUUUAAGGUUAUUCCUGAAAGCCAGCCUGUUGUACAUAUGUGAUAAUAAAAUAUAUAUUAGAAAAACUGCUAUAAAUUAUGAAAUUUUGUAGUUAAGCAUACAAAAUAUUUUUUAUAUAUAUUAGCUUAUUUUUAGCCUUUCAAAAGCUGAAAAAAAAGGGGUAAAAAUGGUAAAACUGUGCUCUCUCUUAUUUGUGUAGAUUCACAGAUCUGUCCUGAGCUGUACAUUUCCUACAUUUUUAGAUCCACAUGACACUGGUAUAAAUGCUGUAUCAACAAUGGCAAUCUUUGAAGCCCACCCUUUCUGAUCUCAACUCAUCUGGAAGAAAUUUUUAAAAAAUCCACUCAGGAACAUUUUAGAGACCUGAUAAAGGGCACAUAUGAGGCAGUUUUGUAUACCUGGCCCCCAGGUACCAAGUACCUGAAGCAGCAGUCACAGUAAAGCCGCCUGUGGUUUGAUGGUGGAGCAGGGUAGGAAGAGACCAGGAUUACAACCCCCUUAAGAACUAAAAUUACUCUCUGGAAAAAUGCUUUGACUCCAAAAUGUUGUUGCUGAAAAUGUCUUUAGUUUCUCCUCCAAUAUGCUUCUAAAAGAAAUGAGUGGGGUUUGUCACUUUGAAUACAAUAACUUUAGAAAGCAUUUUUUUGGCCUGAAUGCCCAGUGGAGAAAGUCACUUGCUUGGGGCUGCAGUGCCUGCUUCUCAAGAGAGAAGCUGUGACCCAUCUCACCAUCUGUGUUUCCUGUUCAUUGUCUCUAGGCAAGACACGAAGUGCCUAAUUGUCCCCUUGCACUGUUCUGGGAGCCAUGGUCCCUGAACACCAUUCUGGAUCUCACUCUGUGGCUAUGAGCUCUGGAUUUCUCUCUAUAGCUGACUUGCUUUGCUAGAUUUAAACUUCUAUUUACUACCAGUGAGUUGCCUUUGCUAAAUCUUUGUGACAAUCUAGUUCUGGUAAGCACAAAAUAAUGGACUGCUGUUUCUCAUUCAGCUGUUACCAUGAAUAGCACAUUGUAUUGUCUUGUUAUAAUAGCAUUUGAUUAAUUAACUUUAUUUUGACGGUGAUUAGUUUUAAUUUUGUUUGAAUUAUCACUAAUGUAACUCACCUCCAGUUUUGACCAUGAGACCAAUGAUCUAGGGCUACAUCUACUGCUAGAUGACAGAUCUUGGACUAGAAAUUAAUGUGAUCAGAAAAGCAAGAAUCUCUGCUCUUCUAUGUGACUCUUGCUUCUGGCUUUGAGAGCUUGUAAAAUUAUUACUGCAGAGCAAAAAUCUCAAGUGUAGAGUUCUGUUGGGGAGAGGCUUAGAAAUCUUAAACAAUUAUUACAACAUGGAUUUUCUCUGUCUCUAUUAUCUGCAUAAACCAAAGAAAGUCCUUUUUGUUUUGAAAUCAAAUGUUCUGUAAUUACUAAAUCAGCAUUUGGACAAAAAUAUGGAAACAGAGAGUUUUUUUGCUAAAAAGAUCUCCUUUAGCAGUCCAGCAAUUUGCAACAUCUGGCUUAACUCUCACCAAAGUGCUAUAUUCAUAUUCUUCACUGUAAAACUGUGAAGUGGGAAGAUUUCAAACUGAAAAUACUGUUGAGAAUAUGUUGGAUAAAAACAUUUUGUUAUACAGGAAAUGUACUUUUGAAAUGAACUGUUUGCUGGCUUUCAGUCUGACUUCCAAAACAAGUGAAUCCUCCAUGUCACAAAAUUUGAGGAGAUACAUUUAAAUUCAGAUUUUACUAAACCUCAAUCAACAAAAACAAAAAAUUACCUUCUGUCUUAGAAACUUUUUUUUUCCUCUAUCUUACAUUUAGACACGAGAAAUCCAACUCAAAUAUGUGCUUAGACACACACACACACACUCACAAACAAGUAUAUAAAAUGUAUUUGAAACUGAAGGUAUGUUACUCUGAGAGGCAGCAAGAUAUUUAGUGGCUCUUGUGUUGUUCUGCAAUUUCACAGGCUCUCUCUUAAGAGAUUACUUAGAUGCUUAAUGGGAAAAGUACAUUCCCUCCACUCCAUGUGUACAAAAUAGUCUGUCAAUUGUAUCUAGGUGUUAGUUAUUAAAUAAAGGAAUUUC